UUUACCUUUGGCCUAACACCUCAGCGUUGUGCUAGACUCUGGCCGGCGCCUGUGACUGUUUUUUGUUUGGUUGUGGUUUUUUCCUAGUCCCGAGUUCUGGAUUUCUCAAGCCCUUUAAGGUUACAAUUUACAGGAACACAGGCUUGUGCCCUUUUUCUAGGCUGUUCCUUAGUGUUCGGACAUCUGAAGAUUCUUUAUUAUUUGCUAGAACAUCUAGUCAGUAGUAAAAAUAGUUUCCUAAUUUUCCUGUAGAAGCUUCUAGUGACUGUGAGAAUGGAUUACCAGUCUCUUUUCCAUACGUUAGCUAGAAGUUUUCAUGUUUGAUAAACAGGUUUAGUAAACCACAGACAGUUCUCCCCUCCUGGCUUCUCUUCCUUCGCUUUCAGCACUUUUUGUAGAGGGCCUGAGGUUUAUUAGCUCCACACUAUGAAUAGAGAAACUGAGGCAAAGAGAACCAACCCACCAAAGGGAACAACAGAGCAAGAAUGGAGCCUGAGUGAUGAAUGCAAUGUUUUUGGGUGAUUCAGCUAGCCCAGGUUCGUUAAGACUUGCAUCAGCUUGCAUCACAGAUCUCUCUAGAAUUAUCUGAUGGCCUGUAGCCAGGCUUAUCUCAAACUGAAUAGACUUUCCUCUCAACAAUCUCCUCUGCUACUCUGAAAAGCCAGUUCCUUCCAAGCAAGCCAUUAAAAAAGGUAUCCCUGAAUGCCUCCUUGCACAUGCAUAUUUAUUUGGCAUAGUGUUAAAAAACCCCAAACAUCAACCAAGAAAACAAAAACAACAAUAAAAAACCCAGCAACCACAAAAGCCUGGCGUCUCUGUGGUCUCAGCUCAAGGCCAUCACCAGGGCUGUGCUAUCUGCUCUGGAGGCACUGGAAGCAGUGGGCAGCCUGAUAAUAGCCACUGUGGGAGCCUGUAAUAGCUGUGCCUGGUGCCAGGCUGCUCCUAAUCUCCCCAGUGCCAAAAGUCCCUGUGAGCCAGCCCGUGCAGCACAGCCCCUCUCUCCCCAGCCCCUCUGUGCUAAUCUGCAGCUGCACAUGUGCCCUGGCAGUGCCUGGGAAGUGCCUGGGGCUGUUAACAGGCCUGGGGCUUCUCAGGGCUGAGCAGGGACAGGCUGCAGCUGAGAAACAGGCCCCUCCUAGGCUGGGUUUGGGAUAAAGUCAGACUUAAGGGUUCACAGAAAUGCACAUGGGGAGGAGAGGGAAAAGAGGCCCAAACCCACAUCUGCUUCACAAAGCAUCUCAGCUACCUGCUGUCAUGUGCCAGAAUUUUUAACUCUAUAAGGAAGUGCUUCAGAGGAGGCACAUGAUUGUAGGGAGCUAUUUUCAGCCUGAGGAAAAGCCCCCACUGAAUGAUUGCAUAUUUCUUUCACUUCCCUUUUUCCCCUUUGCUUGUGAGAUGUACUCAGCAAAUAUAUUUAUUGCUGAAAUUAGCACCUUCAGCCUCUUCCUAAGAUGUGUCUAUUGUGAACACUUGCAUAUUUUAAAUAGUAUUUAUUAUGUCAGCAGCCCUCUGCUGACAUUGUGUCCAGGCAGCUCCCACUCAGAAUACACAGCUCAGAUGUGCAUUACUACUCUUAGUUAAGGAUAGUUAGAGAAAACAAGUAUGAAAUGUGCAUAAAUAAAAUGAGAUCUGCUUUUAAAGUAAAUGUCCAAAUAACCUUUCACCAAUUUUCUUAGGGAAUUGUAGAAGAUAUCCAAAGCCAUUGUGGAAAAUAUUGCCAAUGUAGAAAUGGAACAGAACGUUUUGCAUGUCUUGCUGGGUAAACUGAAUGGCUUAGAGAAUAAUUAUCUUUUGGAAAAAUGAUAAAAUGAUUGUGUUUUAAGGUAACAAAAUGAAUCUACCUGAAUUUAAGGUCUUCCUUUUAUUGCUCCCUACUCAGUAUGCUCAUAGCAUGGCAGAGGAUGACGGAUGUUUGCUCUCUCCUUUUUUACAAUGCACUUCUGGUGCUGAACUCUGUAUUGGGAGCAGUUGUCUUGUUGCUUCAUUGGCUGGUGGGAGAAGUGGAAGUCAUCAAGUGGAGAGGAAGCCUGGAAUAAGCUGAUUUUCCUUCUGGAACCAUAUGGAAGCUCAGAAAUCCCUUAUCUCUAGCAGCCCAUAAAAUGUUCUGGGAGGUGAUUGGUGAUGAACAUGGGAUUGACAUCACUGGGAACUACCGUGGGGAUUCACCACUGCAGCUGGAGCGAAUUAACGUGUACUUCAAUGAGGCUUAUUGUAAGUGCUCAGCAGAGCCAACAGCGAGGGUAAAAAAAGUAAUUAAAAAAACCACAAAAAGCCUAAGCCACUCUAGGUGGAUUGGACUUUCCAGAGUGGACUGUAAGCCUGUUUCUUUGACCACUAGCAGUAAUUAUUUGCAUUCAUUUUGUUUUGUUCCAGCCCAUAAAUAUGUACCCCGUUCCAUCCUGGUGGACCUGGAGCCUGGCACGAUGGACAGCGUCCGGUCCAGCAAAAUCGGCCCCCUCUUCCGACCUGACAACUUUAUCCAUGGUAAUUCAGGUGCUGGCAACAACUGGGCCAAGGGCCAUUACACAGAAGGUGCUGAACUGAUUGAAAACGUCAUGGAUGUGGUGAGGAACGAGUGUGAGAGCUGUGACUGCCUUCAGGGAUUCCAGCUCAUCCAUUCCCUGGGUGGUGGCACAGGCUCAGGCAUGGGGACGCUCCUCAUCAACAAGAUCAGAGAGGAAUAUCCCGACAGGAUCAUGAACACCUUCAGCGUCGUGCCCUCGCCCAAGGUGUCCGACACGGUGGUGGAGCCAUACAAUGCCAUCCUCUCCAUCCACCAGCUGAUAGAGAACACAGAUGAAACCUUUUGCAUCGACAACGAAGCUCUGUAUGAUAUAUGCUUCAGGACAUUAAAGCUCACCAAUCCCACCUAUGGGGACCUCAACCACUUGGUGUCCCUAACGAUGAGCGGCGUCACCACCUCGCUGCGCUUCCCCGGCCAGCUGAACGCGGAUCUGCGGAAGCUGGCGGUGAACAUGGUGCCCUUUCCUCGCCUGCACUUCUUCAUGCCCGGCUUUGCCCCGCUGACAGCUCGGGGCAGCCAGCAGUACCGGGCCCUGACGGUGCCAGAGCUCACCCAGCAGAUGUUCGAUGCCCGUAACAUGAUGGCAGCCUGCGACCCCCGCCGCGGGCGCUACCUCACCGUGGCCUGCAUCUUCAGGGGCAGAAUGUCCACCAGGGAAGUGGACGAGCAGCUGCUGUCUGUCCAGACCAAGAACAGCUCCUACUUCGUGGAGUGGAUCCCUAACAACGUGAAGGUGGCCGUGUGUGACAUCCCGCCGCGAGGGCUGAAGAUGGCAGCCACGUUUAUCGGCAACAACACGGCCAUCCAGGAGCUCUUCAUCAGGGUGUCCGAGCAGUUCUCGGCCAUGUUCAGAAGGAAAGCGUUUCUCCACUGGUACACGGGGGAAGGCAUGGAUGAGAUGGAGUUUUCUGAAGCAGAAGGUAACACAAAUGACCUCGUGUCUGAAUACCAACAGUACCAGGAUGCCACUGCAGACGUGGAGGAAUUUGAAGAGGUAGAAGUGGAAGCAGAAGCCAAGCCAGAAAAGGAAGCAGAGUAAAAAGUAUCAAAACAUUCUCCAAAUGAGCCUGUUCACGUUCACUAAGGACAAAGCAAUAGCCAUCAUCUGAAUACCCAAAAUAACACAUUUCUUCAGAACUUUUUCUCUGCAUCUGACCAAGUAUCUCUGGUAUUACAACACAGUGCUUCUGAAAUUAAUGGCAGCUCUGCUCCACUGUCUUAAACAACAGUUGACACUGAAUCUCUCCCAAAGCCAAUCCACUAUGAAGACACGUUAUCUCACACCAGCCUUUCCUGUAAAUGGAUUCACUUUCAGAACACAAUCACCAGAUACUGAGUGUACAAUAGAGCCACUGUGCCUGUGUAUAUAGAUCAGGAUCAAUAGCAAAACAUGUUGUCAGCUCAUCACCUUUAUUUAUUCUCAGGUAGACACAGUCCCUGCUGAUUGUGAACUUGUUACUGUUGUAGGAACAUGUGCACAUCUCUAAGGCCUCCAAGGCAGUGACUCUUUUAUCACUCCACAGACUGAUGUACAUCUGCAGAAACAACAGGGGGCAAAUGACUGAAUAUGUACAUUCUUAUUUUAUAAGUACUCUAAUUGUUCUAUCACACUGCUGGCUUAUAUUAUUGCAGAGCUUGUAUUCAUUAUAAUGGUGUGGUUUGUUUCUAUUUCUAACUACAGGUUGAGUUACAUUAGCACACUAAGUUGUGGCAUUGUGUAAAAGUUUUGGUGUGGUAUUUUUUUUCCCUAGGUAUACUAACUACUGUAAAUAUUUUUCCUAACAUUCAUUACAACAAAAAUGACAUAGAAUGGUUUGUAGUUUGUUAAUGUAAAUUCCAUGGCAGUCACUAAAACAAAACCGUAUUUUGCCUUUGGUGAAAAAAAAUUCUUGCCAUCACAGCUGCCUACUUAGUGUAUUUAUAAUAUUCUUUUAAAUAAAGAUCAUAUACCAUUCUAUGAAAGUUUUAUACUUCAAACAUUUUAUAGGCAAAACCCCACAGUUAUUCUUGCAAGAACUAAUUUUGAAUUAGAUUAGUUACACUUUUAGAUGAAAAGUUUGUUUGACUCUGAAGAAAGUAACUCCUCCUGUUUGAGUUGUCUUGGUGGAGGAACCUGAAGCCAGUUGUGCCAUUCUCCUGUGCAGUGGGACAAUGUCAUCCCUGCUGUGAGCAAACACAGCAGCAGGAAAAUACAAAAACUUCCCCCAAAACUGCACAGCUUGAAGUGCAUCUUUGCCUCCCACUCCAUUCCUAUUUCCCAGAGAACACGUGUCCCUCUCGUGACAAAGUGUCAAUAAGGAUAAACAAUUCAGAUUCCCAUGUCUCCUUCCCCACUUCUCACAUGACACAGGUCUCUCAAUUCCUGAUUCACUGCUCAGUGUCUCACACUUGGAGAUUAGAUCCCAGCAGCACAGCCAUGGCACAAUUAUCUUGUUUCCAGUUUUCAAAACUAUAUGCUAUAUUCUCUGCUAAUAAAGAUUUUAGCCAGGAUUUUUUUCCAAAGUAAUCAUUAAAAUGUACUAGGCAGAAAAGUUUUAAACAAUCAAACUCAUUUAUGUACCUGAAAUAACAGCAUGAAACCCAAAAAGAGAUUUGGCUUAAAAAUGAACAAUGUUGCUACUGAAUGUCCAGACUGUGCUAAAAGCAGUCUUUUAUUUUAACAGAACUGAAAAAUAAAUGUCUCUGCAGAACAGAAACUUUGUUUCAUGAGGAACAAGACUUUCCACACAUUCAGAAAUUACAUUUAUUAGCAUACCAAUUUACAUAGGCAAGUUCUACAGUUCACGUGAUGACAUUACACUGCAGUCUUGAGCUCUCCUACAGCUUUGCACUUUGCUGUUAUUCACCACAGAUCAGC